CCGGUGUGGGUGAUCAUCGCUGACCAGUCAGCAAUGUUAUUGAUCGGCUGCUCCACUGGUCCUUGUCAGCCAUCCGUGCGGAGUUUGGUGUCGAGGUAGCAGAUGUGAUUUCUUCUUCGUUGCCAUCUCAGGUGUGAGGUCGAGAUUUCACGUUGCGUUAUAUGCCAGGCAAUUCCGGUGUUGACUACGGUCAGGGGGGUUUGCAGGGUUCAGCGAGCGGAGGGUUGGGGGAGUCUCAUGACGGAUCGCAGAACUCGUUCCCGUCAUCGCGUCGCGCAUCGCAGCGCAGCGACAGAGGGCGUGGCAGACCCCGCAGCGCGGGUCGCUGCACACCAACACCUGCCCGGCCGCAGACGUGGUGGGAUAGUUGGGAAGGUGUUGACCAGUGCGGUCCUGGGCCUGAAAUUGACCGUGCCAGUGUUGAGGAGGCGAUGGCGUUGUGGAGUGGACCGACGGCGCCGGAUGUUGUGUUCCUGGAGCCGGUCAAGCUUCUUCAAUUGCUGGCCAUGUUUCAUCUAUAUUGCCCGUGGCACAAGGGCUCGUGCCGUGUGUCUGUGGAACCCGUCUCCUAUCCUACGCAGCUCUGUAAGCUGACGUUCGUAUGCGACAAGAAAUGCAAAUGGACGUGGCACACGGCACUCGUGACCACCUACGUCUAUCAGUCGCGAGUGAUGCAGCAGCUCUUUCAUGCGACGGUCACCAUCGGCCUUACGUUCACACUCCUCGAUAACUUUUGUGUUGGUUUAGGGAUGUGCUCGGUGUACAAACCCACAUUCUACAAGUUUAUGCGCACAGAACCGGGGGGGGCGGAGCGGUGGAAUGCCAAGGUCGUACGGCAGGGCAUAAAAUAUUGCGAGCUUGCCAUUGACACUGUGAUGCGCCGUGGUGAGCCAGUGACAUUGAUGGUUGAUGGUCGAUAUGACUCUGCCAGAGGCGCGCAUCAUUGGACUGUCACCACGAUGGAGUACGAGACUCGGCUUGUUGUAGGUGUUCACACUCUCCGUCCGAAGAUUGAAGGCAAGGCAUCGAAUGCGCUUGAGGUGCCAGCCCUCGUGCAACUUUUGCGAGGGCUGAUGGAAAAGGGGUUGAAGAUCCGGUGCAUUGUCUCGGAUUUCGUCGCUGUCGUCAUGCGAAAGAUGUACCCCUACGGAUCGAGAUCGAACGCUCGAGCGUUGGAGACUGAUCCAGACGGCUUGACAGAGUAUCAUGCGCAUGAGGUUGGGAUGUGGUUCCUCCGCGCUUGCCAGGUGUGCAGUGAGGAGGGCGGAGAUGCCGACAGUCUACACCGCGACAUCAUGCUGGUGCCCUGAAAAGUCUCCACCGCCGAUGUGUGCC